AUGGCACCGAAGAAGCCAGCGUCAGCGCCUGUCAAACCGAAGCCUUCAAAAUCAGAGCAGAGUGGUUCUGUGCUUGCGAGUCUCAAAUCAUCUAUACAAGUCACCAAGGACAAGCUACACAGUAUUCGCACAUCCGCUACUAACAAAGUCACCAAAGCCACCAAAGCCACCAAAGCCACCAAAAGGACCGAGACCACCACCGAACGCGAACAUCUCAAACAAGUCCUCGAGCGCGUUUCCAUAAUCGAUGACAGCAGCAGCUCCAACCCAUCUCCCUCGGGGCCCACGCCAGACACCUCUGCCCAACCCUCCUCAGACCCAACCCCACAUAUCCCCCUCCAAGGCCCUUCUGCACUCACACCCCGCAACUUUGAAGUCGGCGGCUCACUGGGCAAAGGAAAAUUCGGCCGCGUCUACCUCGCUCGGCACAUCUCAACCAACUACAUCUGCGCGCUGAAAAUCAUCUCCAAGGCCUCCAUCUCUUCGACCUCCGAAGAAACGCUCAUCCGCCGGGAAAUCGAAGUGCACCAGAACCUCGCGCAUAAAAACAUACUGCGGCUAUUGUCCUGGUUCCACGACGGUGCGUCGAUCUACCUCGUGCUGGAGUACGCAGCGGGCGGGAGUUUGUUUGGGCGGUUGAAGAAGCAGAAAAAGGGCCGGUUUAUGGAAGAUGAAGCGGCGGGAUAUAUUGGGCAGAUGGCCGAGGCGCUGAGGUAUAUGCAUUCGAAAAAUAUCAUGCACCGUGAUAUCAAGCCCGAGAAUAUCCUGCUGGGGUUGCAUCAGGAGAUCAAGCUCGCGGACUUUGGUUACAGCGUGCACUCGGAGUCAGGUAUGCGAUCAACUGUCUGUGGCACGCUGGACUACCUGUCGCCUGAAGUCGCGGUCAUGAUGCUGAAUCCGGGCAAGAGCGAUGCGUUCUACACAAAGGCGAUUGAUCAGUGGAGUUUGGGCGUGUUGAUGUAUGAGCUGCUGGUGGGUAAGGCGCCGUUUGAGAUGAAGAGUAUGGCGCAGACGCAGAUGAAGAUUGCUAGGUAUCGGGAUAAGGGGAUUAAGUUCCCGAGUCAUGUGAGUAAGGGGGCGCAGGAUUUGAUGCGUGGGUUGCUGAGCUUGGAGGCGGAGCGGAGAAUGGGGUUUGAGGAGGUGUUGGAGCAUGAGUGGAUUAAGGCAUGUACGGUGAGGAGUGUGAAGUCCGGGGUGAGGUCGUUUGACGGGAUGUUAAAGCGAGCUAUUACAGGUGCGUAA